GUGAGCAUAGAUAAAAGGGCACCGUCGAUGACUUUGGCCAGUAUUUGAAAUUGGACUUGACUGACAGAACGAUACAGAAAUCAAGAUGAAAUUGUUAUUGUUGUGCCUCCUUCCAGUGGUACUGGCCGCUCCCCAAGACUCUAAGAGAUUCAUUUUUGGCUCACUCCAAGUCGACUCUUUGUUUGACCUUGACUCCCUGAAAUGCGACGUACAAAUCAUCCUUGACGUUGUCGGAAGUGACCCAACGGAAGCUGCAUGUGAGGGAGAAUGCCACAAACUGGUGCAAGACGGUAACGUCCUUAACUACGGAUGCCCACUCAUCUGCCAUGCUAUCCAGAAUUUGGCACAUUACUUCCACGAGACACCAAAGCCUGGAGAUCAAACACAGCCAUGCGGUGGUCUUACUCUGCCAAUUGGAAAAUAAGUUUCUUAUUUGUCAUCUAAUAUUAAUAAAAUAUUGUUAAACUUA